UCGGCUUGCGCAAUUUAGAGCUGGCUUUAUUGAUUGAAGUGCAAUAAAUUGCACUUAAUUUGCAUCAUAAUUGUAAAAACUACCAUACGAUUUGUAAGAUUGAAACAUGAAUAUUCCAAUUAUAGACGAUAAUACUAAAUUGGAUGUAAUUGAGAAAAGGGUGAACAGCGUUCCAAAAGAACAUUUGGAAGCUCUCAUCAAUUUUGUAGAUAAACACAGGAUUCUAUUGAGAAGACAAUUUGCGGAAACUUCCAAAGUCAAACGCCUGUGGGUAGAAUUUGCUAAUGAAGUAAGCUCUAAGCAUAGUCCAUACAAAACAUCUCAACAAUGGAAACAGCUCUUCGCAGAGUGGAAAACUUGCACGAAAAAGAAGAUCCGCAUCAAGAAGGUUGGAAAGUACAGCGAGAUGAGUAUCAUCAAAACUGUAAGCGAUUUAGAUAGAAGACUGCUGGAUCUGAUUAUGCGUAGGAAUGUGAAAGAUCCGGCAGUGUACGACCUAUUUGCUGAUAAUACAAAUGAAAAUGCAUUAGAGGUUGAAACUGUGGAUGUUGAAGGAGAACAUGAUGUUAGUGCAUUCAUACGGGAGGCUCGUCCGAGGGAGUCGCUAAGAAAAAGCGAGUUAUUUCAGUAUUUGCAACACAAAUUGUCUAAUAUUUUGGAGCCGGAUGCAAAUACCGUGAGGGAUGCAGACAACAGAGGUGCUAUUUUGCAACUUAGCGAUGCCAUAAUAAAAUUCACUGAAAUAUAUAAAGUAAGAACUGAGUUGGAGAAGGUCAGAGUGCACGCUGCUGUCAUGAACGCCAAAGCCAACUAUUACCAAACGUUUGGCACUUUGAAUGGUUUUAAUGAGGCUUAAGCCUCUUUACAUAAAUAAAUUACAAGCCAAAGUUACGUGUCAAGAAGUAUACAAUUAAAGUUUGCUUACAA